AAAGACUCAAAACUGUUUCUAUGCCGCAUAAUUUAAUCAUACUACAUUAUCUAUUUCAUUUUCUUGCUUCGGCGGCUUGACUUAAUGUUUUCUAUAUUCGCUAGCUAAAGAGUAUAUAUGUAGACCUGGAAACAAAGUCUAUGAGCAAGCAACGAGGUUCCAAAUUCAUUCCUUUAUAUCAUCUCUCUCCAAUCUCGAAACUUUUCCACAAGAUGCAGGAGACGGUUGUAUUCGAGUGGGGAAGUUUUGACGUAAGAACCAAAGAGAAAGCUAUGAAAGUUGUAUGUGAGUUUCCAGGAGUUACUGUGAUAGACGUGAAGGAAAGAGGUAAACUAAAAGUGACUGGACAAUUUGAUAAGUUUAUAAUGACGAAGAAACUGAAGAAGAUAUGUGAUUAUGUUGACAUAACCGCGGUUGGACCGGAGGGACAACCGGCUCAAAAUCGCAAUCCGGUUAAGAAACCUGAACCAAAAGUGAUUAGGGGGCGACCUUACCCUCCUCAGAAAAAAACUCCAGGCAAAAACUCGGAUGAGUGUAUCAUCCUGUGAUAUUUCAUAUCUCAUUUCUAUGAUUUAAAAACUUGUUUGUUGUGUGGUGUUUAUUUACCUAUAUCGCCAUUCUGCUUUUUUUUUUUUUUGUUUCGUGUGUGUGUGUCAAUCUUGAUAUUUUUCAUCCUAAAUUAUAUUGUUUUAGUACACAAUGAUAAAAAACCUUAAAAGAUAAUGAAGCUAAAAAAAUAAUUUCAAUUU